UAAGUUCGAACUGAUAUAUCUGUGUCUUGCAGCAUCUCCAAACGGUUAUCUAACCGUUCUACAUUUCCAAUAAGAAAAAGAAAAAGAAGAAGAAGAAGCAGAAGAAGAAGAAGAGGAAUUUGAAGUAGAAAAGCUGACACCCACUUAUCUUUUUCACUUUUAUUUUCUUUCUAUUGAUUUUGUAGUGUGUGAGAAGCAUAGAUUUUGAGUUCAUUUGCAUGUGAUGUCCUUGUAAUUCCUCCCCAUUUUGAUUGGAUUUCCUUUGCCAAGUGAAAAAUAUUGGAUUUUGGGAGGUUUGGGCAGUGAAUGGGGUUUUAUUUUGAUAUGGGUGUGAAGUGAUUGGUGAGAUCUGGGUCUGAAAAGAAGCGAGAUGGAGCCUCCAAGCGGUUUUUGGGCUACUUGUUGGAGAUUUCUCUUCUUUCUUCCCUUCUUCCUUGGGCUGCUCCUUCUGGGCAUUAUUAAAGGUGUCAUUUUCUGCCCAUUGGUAUGCCUUAUCAUGACCAUCGGAAAUUCGGCUGUCAUUUUGGGUCUUUGGCCAGCUCAUGUGUUCUGGACAUAUUACUGCAUAGCUAGAGCCAAACAGCUAGGGCCAUUGCUGAAGGUCACGAUGUGUAUUUGUGUUACUGUUCUGCUGGUUUUGUGGCCAUUUGUUGGCAUUAUUGGGAGUAUACUAGCCGGUGCGGGAUACGGCUUAUUUUCUCCAUUGAUUGCCACCUUUGAUGCUGUUGGAGAAGGAAAGCCCAAUGAUUUCAUUCAUUGUAUUUUGAAUGGUACUUGGAGCACCGUCAAACGAAGCUGUACUGUGGUCAGGGACUUCACAGAUGUAUGCUUCCAUUCCUAUUUUUCAAUUAUGAAGGACAUUCGCAAUCAAGAACCUGUCAAUGGGAAACUGUAUGAGAUCAGAUUGUUUCAUCUUCUGGGUGCUCUUUUAGUUGGUGCUGUCGGUGCCAUGGUUGAUGUGCCAGUCAUCACCGCAGUGGCCUUAUGCAAGAGUCCAUUUAUGCUUUUCAAGGGUUGGCAUCGAUUAUUUCAUGACCUCAUAGGUCGUGAAGGACCUUUUUUGGAGACUGCAUGUGUACCAUUUGCUGGGCUUGCUAUUCUCCUCUGGCCAUUAGCAGUGGUAGGAGCAGUAAUGGCUUCAGCACUAUCAAGUUUCUUCUUGGGUGCAUAUGCAGCUGUUGUUGUAUACCAGAUCUGCUAUGAUGAGCUCUGGAUGUUGCAGGAGUCGUCGAUUCUAUUUGGAUUCAACUAUGUUAUCUCUUCCUUCGCCUUGUUUGAUGAAUACAGCAACGACAUCCUUGACAUGCCAGAAGGGUCUUGCUUCCCUAGGCGUCAAUAUCGGAAGGAGAAUUCUUCACGCUCCACUUCUUUCUCGAGGCCUCUCUCCUUCCGCAAUGAAAGACCGGAUGGAAAAGCCCCUCCUUCACGUUCAACAUCAUUCACGAAUUCCAUGGUUGAAUUCAAGACAUUUGAGUUACUCGACAGACUAUUUGAAGAAUGUAAACAACAUGGUCGGAAUUUGGUUGCUGAAGGGCUGAUAACACCUAAAGACAUAGAAGAUUACAAUCAUAGCAAAAGUGGCAGCAGAAUAAUCAGCAUAGGAUUACCGGCAUGCUGCAUCCUUGAGGCACUUCUACGAUCUGCCCAGGCCAACUGUGAUGGUUUAUUGUUAAGUGAUAAAACUACUGUGAUAAGUUCCGUGAACAGACCCAAAGAGCCCAUCUUUGGUUUUUUCUUUGACCCGCUAAUGAUCAUGAAGGAGCAGAUCAAAGUGGAAGCUCUUUCAGACGCAGAAGCGGGGUAUUUGCGGAAGUUGGUCUUGUUGAAUGGUGAUCCCGAGCGUCUGAAAAGUUGCACCAUCGGAUUGCCACCAGAAACAGAUCGGAAACGAGCUGAAGUUGAUGCAUUAGCCCGUAGGUUGCAAGGGAUCACCAAGUCUAUUUCAAGGUAUCCAACAUUCAGGCGCCGGAUCGAAACCCUUGUUAGUUAUCUAUCAGAAGAGUGUAUGAAGAAGGAUGGUUCUGUCAAUGGCUCUCGAUCGACUGCAAGAUCGAGAAGUGGUUUAGGUCGCAUGUUAAGCCAAAAGUCAUUCGGAAGUAAAGGAAGCACCCGGAACACCAAUGAAGAGAUCCAACUGGUUGCUGCAAAUCAAUCGGAGUUCAGAGGUUCUGCAAAUCAAUCCCAGGUCAUAGGAUCGCAGAAUGUGUGAUCAUAGGUAUUUAAUGUUCCUGUUAGAAUGAAAUAAUGGCUCAAUUGAAUUUUAUAGGUCAUAUGUUCCCUUUUCAAUUC